UAUUUACAUUCUAUAGUUAUAGAUUUGACACAGUCAAAGUUAUUAUCAAACUAAUAUAUCAACAAAUCUGAGAAAAAACCGUGCGUACAUAUACAUAUAAGAGAAAGAGAGAGAGAGAGAGUGAGAUGUGUUCGAUCGCAGAGGUAUAUACCAAUUUUGUCCAACUUUUAAAGUUGAGAGGCCGCUUACACAAUGUAAGUUGUGUUUUACAGAAACUCAUUCACUCUUCCAUCUGGGACGUGAUAGAUGAUUUAAGUGCUAUACCACAGGAGAAUGUUGUAAGUUAUCUUCUGGACCGCGUGCCACACGGUAAAAUCUACACGUGGAUUGGUCCCACUCUUCUCUUGGCGUUAAAUCCUAUUGACAAAAUGUCUAUUAGCAAUAAUCCCUUAUACGAUCUUUCUUUUAAUAAAUAUGACAAUAUCGGCAGUUCAACUCAUAAAGAAGUGGUACCUCACAUAUAUGCUGUAGCGUCUAGAGCGCAUCAUAGAAUAGUUCACGGAUUCGGAAAACCAAGCCAGAUGAUUGUUCUGAGUGGAGAAACUGGAGCUGGAAAAACUUUCAAUGCGUGGAAAGUGCUAAGUUUCUUAACUAGAUCCUCGUUGUCCAAAUGCGACGCUCAAAAGCGCGAUGAAACCUGCGACAUUCUGCAGAAAAUUAUGUUAGCGCGUAGUUUGAUAUCGGACUUUACAACAGCGCCUACGGAGAAAAACGAUAAUAGUUCGAGACACGUACAACUCUUGUGGCUUGAGUAUAAAAUGGGAAACGUAUGCGGCGCAACAAUAUCAUCUUAUCUUUUGGAAACCAACAAAGUUACGAAAAACUCUUGCAAUUUUCACAUUUUCAAUCAGAUGAUCGCGUUUGCGGAUCUAAAAUUUGAACGUAUAUUUGAAUUAAUUGAAAACAGACGAUGUUUUGCGUUAAGCGACGUUGAUCCUGCGAAGAAACAAGAUCUUCGCGAGAAUUUUCUCGCAACUCUGGACAGAAUGAACGCGCUGGGCUUUACGAGAGAUCGGCAGAGAGAUAUCUUCCAAGUCCUGUGUCUGAUCGUUCGUAUGAGCAACAUACAGUUCGUACAAACAAACGACCGAUGCAAGAUCGAUAUCGAUAACGAACAAUCCAAAGAAGCUGUUGAAGAUACGUGCAAGUUGGCCUGUUUGGAGAAAGACGAUGUCAAUCAAUUACUUACGUCCGUUCUGAUACGUCCGCAAAGUUCGUAUCCUUAUACCGAGUGUCGACGUAAUCUCGGCACGGAGGACGCCUGUCGCUAUAGAUUGCGUAGCAUCAUUCGCCAUAUGUACGAACUUCUUUUCCACUGGUUAAUUAGUUCCGUGAACAAAAUCAUGUCUGCCGGUGGUAUCCACAGCGAAAAAUUAGGCAUAUUGGACAUCUUCGGAUUCGAGUGCUUCAAUACGAACGGUAUCGAGCAGCUGUGCGUCAAUUACGUGAACGAGAGAUUGCAACAGUACUUUGUAAAAAAUUAUCUGGCAUCUUGUCGAGAAGAUUUGGAAAGAGAGGAUCUUAUCGAUUAUCACGGAGAUACAGAAUCGCCGGAUAUACUGAAAUUGUACGACGAUCGUUUGAACGCGAUCGAGAAGCAUUUGUUCGCUCCUUCGAACGACAUCUGUCUGUCGAUACCUUCGAGCGACUCGUCUAUGUUAAUGCGGUACGUGGACGCGCGAACUUGUUCCUCAACGCGGCGAUUCUUGUACACGAAAAACGAAAAGUUCGUUAUACAUCAUUACGCAAGUGUCGUAGAAUAUUCUGCGAGUGACAUACUUGCCAACAAUAUCGAUAAGAUUCCAGAUGAAAUAACCACAACGUUCGGUAAGAACAAAUUUUUGUAUUUCUUAAUCAGCGAACGCGAACGACAUUACAGUAAAAAACCAAAGAGAUCUACGACGCUUUCGAAAUUGCAAUGUAACGUGGACUUGUUGAUAAACGAAUUAAACAAGUGUGACUUACAUUACGUUCGCUGUAUCAAACCACAACGACUCGAUAAUCACGAAUGGGAUCGAGUCGGAUUUUACAAACAACUGGUCGGUGCGGGUGUCAUUGACGCUUUGCCUUUAGCCAGAUGCAAAUAUCCAAUUCGUUUCAGUUACAAGGAAUUUUUCGCGCGAUACAACAGGAGACGUGAGGCGUCCGUCGAUUUUGAGACGAGUUGCAGACAGAUCUUAAGAUCGUCUCGACUAAUGGAAGAUGAAGACGUCGCGUCUGUGCAUUACGGAAAACGUUUGAUUUUUCUAACAGAAACCGCGUUUUUACAAUUAGAAUCUGCUAGAAGGCAACAUCGUAUUGCAUGUGUCAAAAAGAUAGAAUCUUUCUGGCUAAAAUACAGGAAUUAUCGUCGACAAAAUGAAGGAGCAAUUGAUAACGACCAACUAAUCAUCGCUACUAACGAUAGUCAACAUAAAUUAACCGAGCAAUUAUUAUUAUCAGAACGUACGGCUACCACGUUUAAGAUAGAUUCUUCGACCAACGUGUUGUACAAAACAAGAGACGUAUUAAAUUGGCUACAGACAGUAAAUAAACCGAUUAAUAUUACACAAAACACUGAAUCCUUGACGUCAAAGCGGACGUCUAAGAACAGGACGUUUCAAAUGCAGAAUAUAUGCGGAGAAAUGUUUAAAAAUUAUAAAGAAGGAGAUAUGUACAUUGUUCAGUGUGGCGCUUGCACAUUGUUCUAUAAAAAUAGGAUCUUGAGUCGACGUUACCCAUCGGAGGUAAAAUAUCGGAAUUUGUGUUACAAAAAAGUAUUAGAAAAAUUUUUAAAAAAAUUAUAUUAUUUUACAGUUUCCAGUCAAGAUACAUACUCGGCCGUCGUGUUUAAAAAAUUCGCAUUACGCAUUACAUACAGAACUACCACAAGGUUUACAAGAAUUAAAAGAUUUGUACAAUAUGUAAAUAAUGCAGCGUGCGUUCGUUAUAACUGUUCUGUCUUUUUAACUUCUCCAACUUCAUCUCGAACGUUCUUGGUUCGAAUAAAAAGUCGAAAAAACAAAAUGGUAAACACGCGGUAAACAUUUUUCAUUUUCGAACUGUGACGUUUAACGGGCGCAUACUGUUUAAUCUUGAUAAGUGAGGAUUUAUCUCAGGAAAGCACUUUUAUAGUUAAUUUGUGUUAUAAUAAAAAUAUAUACA